GGGAUCCGCUGAGCGGGAAGCCGGGGCCGGGCCAUGGCUGAGCCGCAGGGAGAGCCGGCGAAGUACCUCGCGCGCAUCUCCGAGUGGGCGGACUCCCACCUCACCCUCAUCCGGAACAUUAGCACUGGAAUGGCAAUAGCUGGAGUCAUUUUAUUUGCAAAGAGUAUUAAAUUGACAACAAAAUUUACGAGUGCUUUGGAUAUACCAGUAGAAUUUAUAGAAAAGAAUGUGAAACUACGAGGAAGGUUAUGUCACAUAACUGAGAAAGGACUAGAAGUUGAACAUGUUCCCAUUAGCCUUCCUUUCCUGUCAUCAUUACAGAGAAAAUGGCAAUCAAAUGGUGUUUUGCUGGUCAGACUUGCUGGAGUGGAGCUGACGCCGAAUGCUAUGGUCUGGUUACAGGAAGAGUUAAAACCUGCACAAAUGAUGUGGUUCCAGCUUCUUGGAAGGGAGGAUUUGGUGCUUGAUUGCCUCAUUUUAGUAAAUAAGGGUAGAUUUUUCAGUGUGUGUCUGAAUGAAGAGAUCUUGAGACAAGGGCUUGGCAAAACAACACGUAUUGAAGGACUACAUCAUGACUCUCCAUUAUACUGGAAGCUUCACAAAAGACUACUUCAAGCAGAACUAAAAGCCUUGAAGAAAAAUAAGGGAAUAUGGAAAGAAGAAAGUUACUUUGAAAAACUUAGAGAUCAUAUAAGUAAUAAUAAAUUUGUACAGAAGUUAAAACAAUUUGCAAACUGGCUACGAAUACAUAUUUAAAAGUGAAAUGGGAAGGACUUAGCUGGAAAAAUGCUAUUUGGACAUGGAUGAGUGUCUCUUUGGUGUGUGCUUUUUAUUAACGAUGAGCUUAUGAAGGAAAGCCUAAGCCUUGAUUUUUGAGGCUUCUGCCUCAAGGAAAAAUAUAGAAAAUAGUCCUAGUAAUGUCAUUUAAAGAGAUGUUUAAAUAUAGUAUAAUUCUUGUAUAAGAAUAAACUUCAGCAUGAUUAUGCCUGCUAAAGUGUGUUAAGGCUAACAUUAUUCAAAUAUAGGAGCCAAAAGUUAUGCUUCGAAAUCCUUAAUUUAGGCUCCUAAAUAAGUGGUCAGAUUUUCAAGAGUGCUGAACACCCAGAUGACCCCAUUUACCUCAGUGGAAAUUAUUGAAGAUCCUGUUUUUGAAGAUCUGAAAUAUUCAUGUACAGUGUGAAACUUUACUUACAUUGCAGUGGAAUAUAAUACAGUAUGCAGGAGGACUGCUUGAAAACGGAAUAUUAAUUGUUAGAUAUCACCUAAAGAAAAUAACUUUCCAAUACUUCUGCUUUCUUGGACCUUUGUUGUACAUAAAUGUUUUUGUUUGAGUCCGAUAUAAGGGAACACAUAUGUACUAUGUUUACUAUUUGUGUGUUUUAAAAGUUUAAUAUGUUGAAUAGCUAGUUCUACUAUGUAAUUAAUAGAAAAGAUGACUUGACACAGCUGAUCUUAAAAAGAAGAGGGUAUAGAAGUUCCUAACCACAAGAAUUUAAAUUUAGAAACACAGUAGGUGAGCAUAAGUUAGUACAUCAAUAAACUACUUAUUUGGUUGUAGUAUAAAUACAUUAGUUUAUACAUUUGUAAAGGAUUGCAGAAUUUAAAGAUUAUAAUCUGGUGGAAGUGACCUUUUGAAUAUUCAUUGUUUGUUUCUAUAUCUAGGUUAAAUCAAGUGAAUUAUACAUGUUUUGUAGUCAAGAGCACUAAACUCUGUGCAACCUUAAAAAUUAAACAUGGCAC